AUGUCUCGUUUAGAAGCUAAAAAGCCAUCACUGUGUAAAAGUGAACCACUGACAAGUGAGAGAGUCAGGGCCACGCUUUCGGUCUUGAAAGGAAUCGUAGCAUCGUGCUAUGGCCCUUCAGGUAGGCUGAAGCAGCUGCACAACGGCCUUGGAGGCUCUGUGUGCACCACCUCACAGUCGUCAGCCCUGCUCGCUAACCUUUCCGUCACUCACCCCAUUUUAAAGAUCCUGACAGCUUCCGUCCAGAACCAUGUGUCAUGCUUCAGUGAUUGUGGCCUAUUCACAGCCAUUCUUUGCUGCAACCUGAUUGAAAAUGUUCAGAGACUAGACUUGACACCCACCACGCUCAUUAAAUUAAAUAAGCAUCUUUUGAGCCUCUGCACCAGUUACCUCAAGUCUGAGGUCUGUGGUUGUCGAAUCCCAGUCGACUUUAGUAGUACUCAGAUCCUCCUCUGUUUGGUACGCAGUGUAUUAACAAGUAAACCUGCCUGUAUGCUCACCAGAAAGGAAGUAGACCACAUCAGUACUCUGAUUCUGAGAGCCUUUUUGCUUACAAUUCCAGAAAACGCCGGAGACCGCAUCAGUUUAGGAAAUAGUAUAAUUGUACCUUUAAAAGGUCAAAGAGUUGUAGACUCUACUGUGUUACCUGGAAUACUUAUUGAACUGUCAGAAAUUCGAUUGAUGAAGAUACUUCCUAUCAAAAAGUCAGAUUCCCUCAAGGUGGCGCUCUUUCGUGUGUCUUUAUCUGGAGACCUUUCCGAUACUGGAGAAGGAAGUGUGGUGGUCAGUUACGGGGUUUCUCUUGAAAAUGCAGUUCUGGACCAGUUACUUAGCCUAGGAAGGCAGCUAGUUAGUGAUCACGUAGAUCUUGUCUUGUGCCAAAAAGUUAUACACCCAUCUCUGAAACAGUUUCUCGGUGUGCAUCGUGUUCUUGCCAUAGACAGAGUUGGAGCGGCUCUGAUGGAACCCCUGAGUAAAGUGACAGGAACACAGCCUGUUGGUUCCCUCGGCUCAAUCUCUCCUAGUAGUUAUGGAAGUGUGAAAGAUUUGUGCACUGCAAAAUUUGGCUUCAAAUGGUUUCUUCAUCUUAUUCCUAAUGAAGCAACUGUCUGCAGCUUGCUUCUCUGCAACAGAAAUGGCACUGCCUGGGAUGAGUUAAAGCUCACAUGUCAAACAGCACUGCACGUUUUGCAGUUAACAAUCAAGGAACCGUGUGUCUUGUUGGGAGGUGGCUGUACUGAAACUCACUUGGCAGCCUAUAUCAGACACAAGACUUUCAAUGACCCAGAAAGCAUUCUCAAAGAUAGUGGAUGUACUUCAACAGAACUUCAACUAAUUACUGAAGCAUUUUGCACUGCGCUGGAAUCUCUCACUGGCUCUUUAGAACAUGAUGGAGGUGAAAUUCUCACUGACAUGAAGUAUGGACACUUUUGGUCAGUUCAGGCAGAUUCCCCCUCUGAUGUUAACUGGCCAGAUUUGCUUACAAGAUGUGGCUGCGGACUACACAAUGGCCGGGAAGAACUCCGCUGGUCCUUCUUAAGGACUGCUCGGCAUCCUUUCGCACCACGACCACGCCUCCCACAUGGAGCUGUGGGCUCAGCCAACCACCUGACCGUGGACUGUUUCACUGCUAAGCUCAGUGGCCUACAGGUGGCUGUGGAGACAGCCAAUUUGAUUUUGGAUCUUUCAUAUGUCAUUGAAGAUAAAAACUGAUAUAAGGGAAUAGCAUGUUUAUAUUAUAAAAACAACUAGUCAGUUGUUAAUUAAGAAGUACUGAUUAUAUUUGUUCUCUCUGCAUUUUUGGAUAGAUGAUCCACAAAAUUAUAGAUUUCUUUAUAUAAGGAAAAAGGGUGUGAUUCUUAAAUAGAAAUACCAUAAAAUAAUAAAAAUGUGAAGCAUUAUUAAAGAUAUUGCAGUUAUCUUAAGGAUUCCACAGAUACCACUGUAUGUUGCUCUAAAUUUUUACUGUUGUUAUUUUGACAUCAUCCUAAGAAUAUACAGAAAUAAAAAAAAUUCCUAAUCUAUCCUAAUCUAUGCCUUAGUUUGUAUAUACUUAUAGGUAUUUUCAGUUAUUAAAAUUAGAUUCCA